UUUAGAGCAAACCUGGUGAAGUUUAGAGCCAAAAAAAGAGAGAGAAUGGGGGGAAGUAAGGAGGAUCUGUUGAAGGAACGCCAAUAUUUGGAAGAAAAGGAAGUCUCUCGCUCCGAUUUCCCUCCUAGUUUUGUGUUUGGAGUCGCCACUUCUGCUUAUCAGAUUGAAGGUGGCUGCAAGGAUGGUGGUAGGGGUCCUAGUAUAUGGGACGCUUUCUCGCACACUCAAGGAAAUAUUCUUGACGGGAGCAACGCUGACGUAGCAGUGGAUCACUACCAUCGAUACAAGGAGGAUAUUGAACUCAUUGCUAAGUUGGGAUUUGAUGCUUAUCGAUUUUCUCUCUCAUGGUCUCGCAUAUUCCCUGAUGGUUUGGGCACCAAAGUCAAUGAUGAAGGGAUUUCAUUCUAUAACAAUAUCAUUAAUGCUCUUCUUGAUAAGGGUAUCGAGCCGUAUAUUACUUUGUACCAUUGGGAUCUUCCCUUGCAUCUUCAAGACUCAAUUGGAGGGUGGUUGAAUAAGGACAUUGUAAAAUACUUUGCAAUCUAUGCAGAUACAUGCUUUGCAAGUUUUGGUGAUAGAGUUAAGAAUUGGAUUACACUAAAUGAGCCUCUCCAAACAUCGGUAAAUGGAUAUGAUGGUGGCAUAUUUGCUCCUGGAAGACAUGAACAGUCAGAAACAGAACCAUAUUUGGUUGCGCACCACCAGAUCUUGGCUCAUUCUGCAGCUGUAUGCAUAUAUCGGAGCAAGUACAAGGAAAUUCAAGGAGGACAAAUUGGUAUUGUUGUAGAUUGUGAAUGGGCUGAACCUAACUCGGAUAAAAGUGAAGAUAAAACUGCUGCUGCAAGGCGUCUUGAGUUUCAGAUUGGAUGGUACUUGCAUCCAAUAUAUUAUGGAGAAUAUCCUGAAGUUAUGUCUGAAAUACUUGGGGAUCGACUCCCAAAAUUCUCUGAGGAAGAUAAAGAGUUACUUAGGAAUCCUAUUGACUUUCUGGGCCUAAAUCACUAUACUUCAAGAUUCAUAACUCAUGUUGCACAUAGCAAAGCAAAAAGUUAUUAUUAUAGAGCACAAGCAAUGGAUAGACUUGCUGAAUGGGAAGGAGGUGAACCAAUUGGUGAGAAGGCAGCAUCAGAAUGGCUUUAUGUUUGUCCUUGGGGAAUCCGCAAGGUUCUCAAUCACAUAGUACAGAGAUACAACAGUCCCCAAAUUUAUAUUACUGAGAACGGCAUGGAUGAUGAAGAGUCUGAUGCCCCUCUCCAUGAAAUGCUAGAUGACAAAUUGAGAGUUCGCUAUUUCAAAGGAUACCUUGCUUCUGUUGCUGAGGCAAUCAAGGAUGGAGCAGAUGUGAGGGGAUACUUCGCGUGGUCAUUGCUGGACAACUUUGAGUGGGCUCAAGGCUAUACUAAGCGAUUUGGUUUAGUAUAUGUAGAUUACAAGAAUGGUCUAGCCAGGCACCCAAAAUCUUCUGCAUAUUGGUUCUUGCGGUUCUUGAAAGGUGGUGAAGGGAAGAAAGACAAAGAAGAGUGACCCUACCACCGACCUGUUUGUUAGCUGCUGCAAGCAACCAAGAACAAGUUAAUGUCUUAAUCUAACAAGCUUUUUAAUAAUGAAAAGGUCAUUCGGUUCUGUAAUAAGAUUUCUUUUUUAUCACACAUACAUGGUGUAGCUUUAGCUGUUAUGUGUUUUUUUAACACUAUAAACAUUAUUGAGUUGCAGUGACUGAUUGAGAA